AUGGCUGGUUUGACAUAUAAACUACAACUAGCGUAAAAAAAUACUUCAAAGAGAAAGUGUAAAUAAUUGCCUUUAUUGUUUCGAAAUCACGGCGAUGCACUGAAGAAUGGAUUUAGCGAAGUCUCUGUUUAGUUCACGCGACCAUGUCGGUUAUGUGGGACGAGAAGAUCAUGAGCGUAAAAUUAGUUCAGCGUUAGCAGAUGAUGAUCCAGAAGAUGUAAUAGAUGUUAUACGUGGUUUAAAUAUCGCUGAUGAAUUACUUCCAAUUCCUGGAGGACCCUUUUCAGCUCUUACUCCAAGUAUGGUCCCUCAGGAUAUAAUGGCAAAGUUAGCUCAACCAGAAUCGGAAGGUCACGGCGGUCUACCUGAUUACAGAUUUGAUGAAUUUGGCUUUUGUGUUGAAGAUGAGGAUGGGAACGAACAAUGCACAAGUAAAUUGCUAGAAAAUGCCCUUAUGGAAGAUGACCAACACCGCUUGCAAUGGGAAUUCUACAGCAAAGAAAUUAAUUUCACUGAAAGUGAUGGUAAAUUAGAUAAAAGUGAUAAAUUGCAGAAAAUGGUCAAAGAUGGAGUACCACAUUCACUGAGGCCGCAAGUGUGGAUGCACUUGUGUGGUGCGAACAAAAAACGAGCAACAACAGAAAUCACAUAUCAUGAAAUAGUGAGAGCUUCCAGUGAUGAUGGUCUGGUAACAAGUAAACAAAUUGAAAAAGAUUUAGUACAAAUAUUACCCAAUAAUGUUUGUUUUUCACAUCCUACCAGCACAGGUGUUCCAAGGUUACGAAGAAUUUUAAGAGCUUUGGCUUGGCUUUACCCAGAUAUAGGGUAUUGUCAAGGUACUGGAAUGAUAGCAGCCUCUCUAUUACUUUUAAUGGAGGAGGAGGAUGCUUUUUGGAUUAUGUGUACUACAGUGGAAGAUCUUUUGCCUGCAUCUUAUUAUUCUUCCACAUUAAUUGGCAUCCAAGCUGACCAGAAGGUUUUAAGGAGUCUCAUAUCAUCAUACCUUCCAGGUAUUGACCAAGUGCUAAAUGCACAUGAUAUUGAACUUUCAUUGAUAACCAUGCAUUGGUUUUUAACACUAUAUGCAAAUGUUGUACACAUGAAAAUCUUACUAAGAAUAUGGGAUUUAUUCUUUCUAGAUGGUUCUAUUGUAUUAUUUAAAGUCACCCUAGCAAUGCUUAAGAUUAGAGAAAAUCGAUUUACAGAAAUAUCAAAUUCAGCACAAAUUUUUAACGCUUUGUCUGAUAUACCUGGAGAGAUAGAUGAUGUUGAUUUACUAAUAAAAACUAUUGAUGAAGUCUGUGGAGAAACUUUAAGCCCUACUUUAAUCGACACACACAGAAGAAGGCAUCUGGCGUAUCUUAUGGCUGAUCAAGGUGCUUUGGUGGGAAAUCCAAGCGCAGUACCAAACCUUCCUAAACAGCAACUCCAAAGAAGGCAAAUCAAGAGGAACAAGUCUGUUAUUCAAACUAUACUUUUUGGAGAAGACAGUAAUAAUGAGGAUGCUGUCUCCAAAAAUGUUAAGCAAACAGAAAUACUUGUUGAUCUGAGGGAAGCAAUUUUACAGGUGGCUCGGCAUUUUCUAGCAUUAGAGCCACAGCUAGCUUCCGAAGUUCAAUUAACAGCCGAUUAUACUAUGCAAAGCCAUGCAGCUGAUAGGGAGAGAUAUGUCAAUGUUUCUAGGAGCAAAAGAAGGCGUGCUAAAGCUUUAUUAGAUUUUGAAAGAAGAGAUGGAGAUGAGUUGGGCUUUAGAAAAAACGAUGUUAUAGAAGUCAUAAGCUCUAGAGAUGAGCAUUGUUGGAUUGGUGAGCUAAAUGGACUAAGAGGAUGGUUUCCAGCCAGAUUUGUUAAGUUACUGGAUGAAAAGGGAGUGAAGUAUAGUCGAGCGGGAGAUGAUUCAGUUACUGAAAAAGCUGCACACUUAGUAAGAGGAGUUCUAGCCCCUGCCUUCAAAAGAGUUUUACUUCAUGGUAUAAAAAGACCGAGCUUCUUGGAUGGUCCAUGUCAUCCAUGGUUAUUCAUUGAAGAAGCUUCAUCACGAGAAGUUGAAAAGGAUUUCAAUUCAGUAUAUAGCCGAUUAGUAUUAUGUAAGACAUACCGUUUGGAUGAAGAUGGGAAAGUUCUCACUCCUGAAGAGUUAUUGUACAGAUGUGUGCAAGCUAUCAAUUUAUCACAUGAUAAUGCCCAUGCCCAGAUGGAUGUAAAAUUGCGUACAUUAAUUUGUAUGGGACUGAAUGAAGAGGCUUUACAUCUCUGGCUAGAAGUUCUUUGCUCAUGUGUUGAUAUUGUACAGAAGUGGUAUCAUCCUUGGUCAUUUAUAAAUUCACCAGGCUGGGUUCAAAUAAAAUGUGAAUUACGAAUCCUCUCACAGUUUGGUUUUAACCUAAACCCAGAUUGGGAACUUCCCUUAAAAAAAGAUACCCAAAAUCAACCUUUGAAAGAAGGAGUGAGAGAUAUGUUGGUAAAGCACCACUUAUUUUCAUGGGAUUUAUAAACAAAAUAGCUGUCUUAAAUUAUUGUGCACAUAGCAAGUAGUACAUUAGAAUAAACAAAAUGUUUUUAAUCAAUUUUAAAGUAAAUGUCAAUGUAUUAAGAUUCAUAAUCAAUCAAUUAAAGAAUCUAACUUUCGGAUAAUCUGACUUGCUGUUGAGUAUAUAUUAAUUAAUAAUAAUAUUUAUUGGUAUUUCUGCACUGAUUUAGAUAGAUCUCUUAGUAAUAAUCAAUCAGUGAUAAGAGUAGGUAAAUUAAAUUCUAUUGGUCAUUGAUCUGAAACAGAUAAAUAAUAUGGUCAUUUUUCCGAUUUAUUAGAUCACUAUGGCUUUUUCAGGGUAAGUACUUAAGGAAUAUAUGAAAAUUGAAGUAGUUUCAAAAUAAUGUUCGGAUUUGAAUGCAUAAAAUGAAUUCCAAUAGUAAUACAUAAAUAAAUUUAAAUAGUUUUCUUAAUUACCUUUUAAAUUAAGUAGCAAUAAUUGACAUCUACAUACAUAAACAAUAUUUAAUUGCAUUUGGAAAUACUUUCAAAAAAGACUUAUCCAUGUCAUUCUUUCUAUGAGCAUCUAUGUACAAGUACCAAAAAUCAAUUGUCUACUCCUAUCACUGACAAAAAUAUAGUUUGUUAAACAUUUAAUCCAACUGUAUGUAAUUGUUAUAAAAUAUAUUUAUUUGUGUUAAUGUGGUACAAAAAUAGAUAUUUAAAAUAUC